CUAAACUCUUUCUCUUAAAUGGGGACUACUCUGCGUGUAAGUUUAUAUCACGGAGCAUGGAACCGCAACGACGAUGGUUUUUGGAAUUUCCAGAGAAAGCCGAGUGAUCUAGGCUAUUCUGUGUUGAUCAAACCGACGGAAACUUUCGAAAAUGUGCAAACCAUAAUCCGAGCUCGUUAUCAGAUAGGGAAUGAAACUUCCCUGGCUAUGGCUUACCACCCUCCGGAGUGGAUGCUCGAACCAGAUGGGACUCGCAGACCACUGCUUACUGUGAGUUCAAACUCUGAAGUUGAAGCUAUGAUGCAUCUCCGCUCUUGGUUCACAGAUCUCAAACUUUGCAUUUCAUCUGGAUAUAAAGAUGUUGCCAAUUUCCAUUUUCUCAUGAAGACUACAUUUACCGUCGGCGAUGCAACCUUUGUUUUCAAUGGUUAUAGUGAUGAAGAACUCGUUGCAAGCAAGGAAAUUCUUGAAGAAUUAUUCAGCGAGCAUGAGAUGGUUGCAAUCUACCGUGCCCAUCUUGAAAUUACAAAGGCAAAGCAAGAACAAGAAGAAAGAGCUGCUCAGUCAAGUGUGUCAUCAACCAAGAUAACCAAAGAUGUUGCAUCUGGAUCAAACCCGUCGGUUCCGGGAGAGUGAAGCAAUCGGAAGCUAUGUUCGUGGGAAGAAGCCAAAAAAAGUAUCACCAGUCCAAGUUGUUUGCUAAAUCGUAUAGUCUAAUGCACCGUGUUAUAUUAUAAAUAAUAAACAGCUGUGAUGUCUUUAUCUAAAGAUAUCCUCUGUUUCAGUUGUUAAGUUUUUUUUUUUUAAUGUUGUCGUGUCUGUAUGUCCCAAACUUAUCUCCUUCCAUCUAAUAUAAUCGUUUCGUAGUA